AUGGGUGAUGUAGCUGAGAUCCUGAUAACACCUGAAACUCCUGGAAGAUCCACCAUUCUCAACCCUUUUGAGAGUCCAACCGACUACCACCGCCUGCAUGAGUCGCUUGUACCCAGUCCUUCUGUGUUUAAGUGCUCCAGAGCUUCCUCUGCUACUCCAGCAAAGUUCAAAUGGUCGAUUGAUGAAAUGGCAAGCCUCCUCCCGGUGCACAUAGACCCAGAGGAUAUUCACCGUCAGGCAUUAUACUUGAGCCAAAGCAGAACAGACGCUGAAAUUGAGCAUAAGCGUCAGAAAGCGAUUGACCAGUUUUUUACUAAAGGUGCUAUAGUUCCGUCACCAUGGGGACCACCAGCGAGUAAACAAUCGACUCAACUAAACUACAAAAAAAGUUCUUCACCACUUGCAAUGGAGGUGCAUCAAUCAGCAAAGAAAAUCAAUGCAGCCUGUCAGACAGUCCUAUCCUUACCUGUGGAUUUCGACAUUGAAAAAGUAUUAGGUGAUUACUGCAGAACUGAAGAUGUUUCAGAGCAGGUGCAGGAAACCCUUAGCUCAUCCUCUCUGAGACGAAAACUGUUUUUGGAUGGAAAUGCCAGCGGCUCCGAGUCGUCUAGCCCCUCCAGCCCUGAUAGAGAUGCCAACACCAGCAACACAGAGAUGAUGUCUUCAGUCAUUGUCUCACCCUUGAAGGUUGUCACCACAGCCACCACACCUUCCUCUGGUCAGUUCUCUUCCAGCCCUAUCCAGGGUCGUGGUCGUGCUUACAGCCUGGGCAGUGUUACCAGUCCCAUGUUUCCAGAAAAGUCGUCCCCUCUGUUUAAAUCUCCCACCGUGUCCCCUAUUAUUCACGUUACACCAAUAUCAGGUGAGAGAAAGAGGUUAUCAUUUCUAUCUCCCGAUGGUCUUCCUUCUUGCAGCCAGAACAGGGCUGUGAACCUGUGUAGUGGGAGUCCAUUCGUAGAGGGCUGCUCUCCCAUCAGGAGCUGUUCUCCUCAUCAUCCUCACCACAGCAGUAGAGUCUCCUCUGUCCUGCACCCACACCUCCAGGACACAGAGGACGUGUACCUCUGCAAGUCUUUACCUACCAUGGAGCUGGACUUUUGCUCACCGGCUGCUUGUGCACCCAAAGAUACCACCCGGUCUAGUCACAUAGAGAGCCCGGCUUCCCUGCCCGACUCUGAGCAGAUGGAGCACAGCAAGCCUAGGGAGGACGAGCUGGGGGGACGAUUUGAGAAAGUACAAGAAGAAGAGGAGGAGGAGGUGGUAGUGGCGAGCGGAGAGGAAUUCUGUCGGCUAAGCAGCUUUCGGAUGGGCAGCUUGUCCAACGCAGAGAGCACACACAUGUUCGUGUCACUGCUGGCUGAAGGAAGCAUAGCUCCAUAUGAUGUAAGCAUGCAGGUGGACAGCGGUUAUAACACGUACUCCACAUGCACCGCCAGCAUAAUGGACACAGUCAGUUCCGACAGCCAAGGCAAAGAGAUACAGGACAUGCACACGGUCGAGGACAGACUCACUUAUGUUAAACACACUAAGUCUAAGUAAUGCCACAGAGUAUGAGGGACUUAUGAGAAGAAGAAAUGUUUACAGUGUUCUUAUACAUGAGCCAUGCUGUUACAGUAAAACCUGAAUGCUGAAGUCAGCAUUGCUUGCACAGGUGCCUUAUAUUUUAUAUCACAAAACAAAGCAACAUAUUGACAUUGAACUUCUUUACCUCAUCGAUCUACAGAAACUGGGAAACUUGAU